GCCAGAGAGAGAACGAACAUCAUGAGAAGCGCGUUUCGGCAUUCAAAAUCAGUUUAGGCCUACAUAUUAAGAUGAAUCGAGAUCAGCAUGUCACAAAUUCAUCAACCUUCAGAAGGGGGAACUUCACAAACGGCUCCAUCCUCACGUAUCCGUAAGAAAAGAUUACCGAAAGCAUGCAUAGCUUGUCGCCAGAGCAAAGUGAAGUGCAAUGGCUCGCGGCCAUGUUCUCGGUGUUGUCAGCUUCAAAAGACAUGCCACUUUGUCGAGAGACCAAAAGAGGACCAUGAACUAAAGAUUGAAGCGCUCCAGAGAGAGAUCGAGUUUCUCAAAUCACGCCUACAAUCAACUCCGGCACCUAUGAUGGAAUGCUCACCUACUACCUACUCGGCAGAGGAUCAGCCGCCAUUCAUGACAGCGAAUCGUACGGACAUGCCGGUUCAUGGCGUAUAUGCAUCUGCACCAGCCAGAGUCUCUGCGCAGCCAGUGGCAUCGACCAGCACGAGCUCACCAGAAACCGCUAUAUACCUAACAAGAGCACACGGCAGAUCAAAAUCAGCGUUCGAGACUGAUUCAGUGGCUCCAGCAACUGCCGAACUUGGGAUUGAGAUGAAGGACGAAGAGGCUCAACUGUACUUUAAUGCGUUCUUCUCUGGCUGUGACCGCUACGUUCCUGUCUUUGACCAACGUUAUGACUCGAUCCAAAGCAUUCGCAACAACAGCGCUUUGCUUUUCAUCACAAUAUGCUCAGUCGGAUGCCGUGUACUCAACGGCACGAGCUCGAGAUGGCGAGCUCUUGCACUUCAGACUCAACGCAUGCUCAAUGCCGCUAUCGCCAAUCCGUUGAUGGGAAGUCUUGAGACGGUACAGGCAAUCCUCGUUCAAGCUUGCUAUGCAGGAGAAAGGGCACUUCUGAUUGCAAUCGCGACGCGCAUGGCCUUGGAUCUUGGGUUCCCCGAAGCAUACGAUACACUCAUUGCGGAAUCAGUCUUGGGCGGAAUGCAGAUCGAUAACGGUGACCAAGCUACCUACAACGACAACACUACACACAUGCGCAAAACUAGAGUCUGGCUGCAUUUGCUGGUGAUGAGCUACAUCCUGCACGUGGAUGCUGGUGGAAUGCCAACCUUCAAGUUUCGAGGUGCUUCACGCAGAUGCAGAGUCCUCCUGCAAAGUCCUCUCGCUACCGGGAUGGAUCAUUAUCUCUUUGCUCAAGUCGAGCUCAACGUUCUUCGUGCAAAGAUAUAUGCAUCCUUGCCCCAGGGCGCCCAUCUGAGUGACGAAGAGAUUCUCGAUCUUGUGAAAGAUGCCAAACUUGACAUCGAUGUCUGGUUCCAGGACUGGAUACGUAUCUCGCAGCCGCAUCAUGACUCGAUGCCUUGGUUUGUGCCUAACCUGUCUGUUCAGCGCUGCUGGGCUGAUAACAUGGCUCUUUGCCGUGCGGUGAGGGCUGCAGGCGUGGAGAACGUCAACGUUAUGUCGCCCAUCCAGAAGAACAUCUUAUCGAUGACCAAAGCUUCGCUUCAGCAACAUCUUGAUAUCAUCAUCCAAGAACCAAGGAUAUAUCUCAAGAGCAUCCGGUAUGCAAUGGACUUUGUCUGGGCCAAGAAUACUUUCUGUUGCCUUCUUCUGCUCAAGCUUUCCGCUUUGCUGCCUGAAGCGGAGAAGUUGCCGACACAAGGUCUUAGCAAUGAGCUUGUUAUAAAGGCUAGCAUCUUGCUACAGGAACUGGAACUAGUUGCUGCCGCAGGACACAAAGACGACACUCGAUCAAAUACCAGUUCACUCUACCUCCAACUUCUAAAGACAAGUAUACAGAAGUAUAAGCGCUGGUUAGGUCAAGAUGGAGGAGGCUCUGGAGGAGGACAACCAUCUUUUCCUCUGACCCAAGAGAGGAAUUGCGACAAUGAACUUGAGUCUUUUGUCCCAGAUCAGUUUGUCUUCGAAUGGGACUUUCCAGGUCUGACCCUGUUUUCGUCUCCGAUCAAUGAGACCGGUUGGAUCAAUGAACUUCUUGCUGGAGCACAAGAGUUUGGAGAAAAUGGGAGCAGCAUCAAUUGGGCUCUGAUUGACUUUUCUAUGUAAAGUAGCAUUCAUAAACCAGAAACCUAUUGUAACAGGGUAGACAGUAUAUCAUACUCAGAUUUUGC